AUGCUGCACGCUGAAGCCGCAAAGCUACAGGCUGAGCGCGGUAAGCUGGACACAGAGAUUGCGAAAGCCAAGGAAGAGGCAGAAGCAAAGAUCGCUACCGCAGAGGCCUGCAAUGCUGAGCUUCGCGCCACAUUGGUUGCCAACGAGGCUGCUUCCAUUGCGCCGAAGCAAGUCUCAGCUGAGGAGGCUGAGAAGCUGCGCUGGGAGAGGACCUUGGCAGCCCAGAAGAAGGAGGCAGAUGAUGCCAGGCAGAAGGCAGCGGAAGCCGAUCAGGAGUGCCGGCGGUUGCGACAAGAGAAUCAGGGCCUUGAGCGGGAUGUGGUGGACCUUGCCAGGAUGUUGACGGAGCUAAAGUCUGCAGUGCACCAGUACGCUGGAGGAGAACUUGGAGGCUGUUAG